AUGGAGACUAAUGAGCAUUCUUCGAUGUUUAAAUACAUUUUGAUUAUAUCAAUAUGCUUUGUUCUUGUGAUGUUUUUGAAAAGAAGAAUGAAAACAACAGGUGAAUCAAUAUAAGUAUGCUUAUGAUUCGGCUACUAAAGGAUAGGAUAUGGAGAAAAAUAGCAUUUGCAUAUUAGGAUAUGUUACACACUUUCGAUUAGGCUGAGAAAGAAUUGCUCAAACAUACAUACCAUAACACAAUCUUCAAUAGCAAGGGUGUAAAUGUUUCAAGUGAUACACGCAAAGAAAGCAAGAAGAAAAAUUCCAAUGUGCAGUUCAAUAUGAACAAAAACGAAACUCUACAUUAUUGAUAAAAAUAAUAUGUUAAGUAACGAAUAGAUG